AUGCCUGGCCAAACCAUUCGAUUGAAAUCUCCAAAACUGGGAUGCAUCCCAAUCCGUCCAUUUCUGAUCUUCAUAUCAUCGCUCGGACUAUUCGGAACACUUUCGUUACUUGUUACUGAGCCACCAUCAACCAUGAACGUUAUCCUUGGCGCAUCGAGUUUUGUAUUCAACAGUUAUCUAUUCUAUGGAGCUCUCCAUUACAACUACGCAUCACUCGGUUAUGCGCAAAACUUUGUGGUUUUCUCAAUGAUUCUCUCGUUUGCAAUGCUUUGUUUUCUACCAGUACUCGUCACAAGUUGUAUUGCAUCGGAUUAUCACAAGUACCUGAAAGCUGAAAUUUCGACAAGCACAUUGAAAAUAAGUGAAGAUGGAGAAGAAACUACCAAGAAACCACAAAUCGACAUUUUCGAUGAGAGGAGCUUCUCAGAAAUCGCCAGAAAGAUCCCAGAAGAAGACGACAAAAAUGCAGCUGUAGUAAAAUUCUUAAGAGGAUUUGGUGCGGGAGAAAUGAUUGUGUUUAUGGUCGUCUUCUCUUUUUUAUAUUCAUAUAUGUUGUAUGUUAUGAUCAAACGUCUCCGGAAGUUCAUUGCCGCCAGAAAGGAAAUCUAUGAAAUGGAGAUGUUGGCGUGA